AUGAACUCCGGUGAUUGGAGCAAACUCGUGACCCACGUGCUCAUACCGCAACCAAGCGGUAGAGACGGAGGUCCUACGAGCCAUAGAGAAAGGGAUGGAGGGCCACCUCUCCCAAGAGUGCCCGAGCAUUCCCCAACCUGCAAAGCAGGAAAGAAUUCAGAACAAACCUGGGCAGGCAGCCUCUCCCAAGAGCGCCUGAUCCCCAGGAGUGUAAAGCAGACUGCAGAAGGGCCUAGGCCGCCUCUCCCAAGAGCGCCUAUCCUUACUGCAGAGGUGUCCAGGCCGCCUCUCCCAAGAGUGCCAACACCUCUCCACACAACCCCCCCCUGCAGACGAGUUCUCAUCGAGCCGGGUGGGCCACCCCAGAUCCAGCACACAGAGGAGCACCACAUCCGCGACCUGGAGAGAGCACCACGACGCAUGAUACAAGCAGGGGCAGACAUGGAGGUCUGCCUGGCCUGUAAGUAUGGGCAUGUGUGCAGGUGGGCCCGGCAGCAGCGGCAGGAGUCUGAGGCCCCGGGAGAGACGCGGCGGAGGCCCCGGGAGAGACGCGGCGGAGGCCCCGGGAGACUCACGGUGGAGGCGAACCCCCUCCCCAGAGAUUGA